UCGGUGAUCAGAGAGCCUAUAUAUUCCUGCAGCUGAGAAGGAAGGGGGUGAGUGGGCUUUUCCAUUAGCAGCUCAUUAAUACUGUUAGAAGAGAGGUCCUUGCCUAAUGUGCUGCAAUAAAAGUUUCGUGUAGAAGAACGAUAUCUGCCUCGGCUUAAGUGAUCUCUUCUUCCAUCUCCUUUUCCCCAAAGUACGAGAAGAGUGAAAAUGCUUUAAAAAAAAAAAGCUAUUUGAUCAUAAUUAUUCCAAUGCAGAUCAACUCUCACAGCAAGAAUGUCCAUUAGAAAAGUAAUAAAAACUGUUCUAAGCGUCGAACAGUCCGAGGGAGUUGGCGCCCGGGUCCGCAGAAGCAUUGGCAGAGUUGAGUUAAAAAAUCUGGAUCCGUUUUUGAUGCUGGAUGAAUUUAAAGGAGGUAAACCGGCAGGCUUUCCAGAUCACCCACACAGAGGAUUUGAAACUGUCUCCUACUUGCUGGAUGGCGGGUCCAUGGCACAUGAAGACUUUUGUGGGCAUGUUGGCAGAUUGGAUCCUGGAGAUCUACAGUGGAUGACAGCAGGCCGUGGUAUAGUUCAUGCCGAGAUGCCAUGCACAACAGAACCAGCGCAUGGAUUGCAACUGUGGGUUAAUCUUAGAAGCACAGAAAAAAUGAUUCCGCCCCAGUACCAAGAAUUGAAAUGCUCUGAUAUCCCAAAACCAUCAAAGGACGGAGUCACCGUUGCUGUGAUUUCGGGGGAAUGCAUGGACAUUAAGUCUAAAGUUUAUACCCGGACACCCACCCUGUACCUAGACUUCAAGCUAGAGAAAAAUGCUCAACACACGCAAGCAAUUCCUAAAGGUUGGACAGCUUUCAUCUAUACACUGUCUGGCGUAAUAUCUGUGGGGCCACCUGAUGCCCAGCAGAAGAUUGAGGCACACCACACUGCAGUGCUUGAUGAUGGAGAUAGAGCUCACUUUGAAAACCAGAAUGAAGAAUUAAGCCAUUUUGUCCUGAUUGCCGGAGAACCAAUAAAAGAGCCAGUUGUACAGCAUGGUCCGUUUGUAAUGAACACAAGAGAAGAAAUAGCUAAAACAAUCGAGGAUUUCAGUUUAGGAAUCAAUGGAUUUGAGCACGCUCACACAUGGAAGUCAAAGAUUGGGAAGAAAUGAGGAGCCAAGCCAAUCAUUCCUGUCUAUUCACCACCGGGGCAAAAGAAAAGUAUCACUUCUUUAUUCUCCAUGUUGCGGGGAAUUCUCACAGCACAUACUGUCAGUUUUUUUCUUUGUUUUUUUUAUACUGGACUUAAAAAAUUAGCAAAAUACAUUUUAUAUUAAGUUUAAACAAGUUUUAGAUAAAAUACAUUCCUCCUGUUAACCCUGCAUAUGCCCACAAUUUACUCACGCAGGCAAAAAAACAUGCAUCUGUAUCAGCACAUACUGUAUGCAGGGCUCUUUCAUGACUCGUAUGAUAUACAGAUAUAUGUGUGUGUGCAUGGGCAGAGAGGACCCAAAAGCAAGAGAAAAUAGCUUUACAAUAUACAGGUAAUCAUGUUCCCCCAUUAAAAAAUACAAACACAUUAGAAUUCAUGACCGUUUAAAGGCUCACGGUCGAGCCCUAUGCAAUGCCAGAUGGGCAGGGCAGACCCGUGCCCAACUCAAAACCACUAACUCACAACCCGACCCUGAGACCUGUUAUCAAGUGCCCUGAUUCCGCUACUCGAUUCUACCUGAGCUACCAGAAGCUUUAACCUGACCUGGGGACCCACAUAAACUGAAAAUGAUGUCACUGUUGAACAGAAGUGAUGUCACUCCGGAGGUUCAACCAGGUCAGGGGGAAAAAUGACUUUUAACUUCACGAGAUGGGGGAGAAUUCAAGCCUGCAAUCAGCCUGGGUACCUGCAGACCACCUGCAUGUUCAGGAAUUACCCAAAACCUGACCACUUUGCGGGUAAUCCGCAGGUGCCCGAUUCUAGCAAAGGCCCGGUGCUUUUAUAUAGGUCAUAGAACUCAAGGUAACUUCUAAUUUCCUUCUAUUUUACAAUAGGGAGUACAUUAUUAAUUAUAACACCUGAGUUUUAGUAAGUCAUGUGACACACAUUACAUCACUAAUCACUAACUGAUGACAUCACUAUGCACCGUUUAUAUACUGAUAUAAUACACAAGAGCCAUGAAUAUCCUGUAAAUUAUAUCCUUAUAAACGGUGCUUAAUGAUGUCAUCCGUUAUAAUCGGAGAUUAGUGAUGUCAUUUCUGUCACAUGACUCACUGAAACUUGUGUAUUAUAAUAAAUAAAGUACCCCCUGUUGCGAAAUAUGACUAUAUUAGAAGUCACCUCAGAAUUCCAUGACUUGUAUAAAAACACUCGACUAUAUGGUCAUGGAACUCCUCAGUAAUUUAUAAUAUCCUUAUAUUUUACAAUAGGGGGUACUUUAUUCACUAUAAUUUACAGGAUAUUCCUGGCUCUUGUGUACUAUAUGUUAAUGCACAAUACAUUAUGCACUGAACAAUUUUUUUAAUAACUGUUCCAGUCUGGAACUCUGGUUCCAUUUUCACAUCUUUUACUUUUUUAAAGCGUUCUGAUUUGCCUUUUGUGGCUGUUUCUAUUUAAUUCUACUUUCCAAUAAAUCCGAUUCGACAAUAAAUCUGAUUCAAAGCUA